AUGAAAGGCAAAUGGUCGUCGCCCGGUGGCGGUACUAAAAGAUUCAAGGAAGAAAAUGGCCAACUUAUACUAAAUUGGUAUUUUAAGAAGCAAUGCAUCUUGUUAUUUCAAGGUACGGAGGCAGACGGCUUAAAGAAUAAACUGAUAGAUCUACUUGCCAAAGAAAAGCCUCAAUCUUUCAUCCAGCAAGAUGGAAACAUAUCCGGUAAUGGCGGGUUUCCAGACGAAGCCGACAGUAUCCUCGCUGUUACUAUGGACAGUCAACAGCAACCAUUUACUAGUUUAUCAUCUACUAGCGAAAACCUAAACGUACCUACCGACAACUGUCCUUGUAGAGUAAAUCAAUGA